AGAGAGAGAGAGAGAGAGAGAGAGAGAGAGAGAGAGAGAGAGAGAGAGAGAGAGAAAGAAAGAGAGAGAGAAACCCACACACACCACUGUCCCUCAGCUGCAACAGGUACACGCAGUAUAAGAAUCUCAUCAGAGAGAGCGCGAGGGAGAAGGGGAAAGAGAAGGAAGGAGAGGGACCAUCAAUUACACAGGCACUCGAGGAAACAGAUAACCUGCUCUAUGUGUGGCUCCUCUCAAGGCUUCACAGCCUCCUCUUCCUCCCAGAACAGCACAGCCAUGUUAACCUCAGAUGGCUCCCCCUUUCCCCACACCACAUCGGUCUCCACCCCCACCCUGACCCUGACCGACUCAAACCUCCAGGACAUAGACAUGAGCCUCUGGAGUGAGGCCGAGUUCCAGGAGAGGUGCACCUACAUCUUGAAGGACCACCCGUUGCACCCGGGUAACCACCCAGAGAACCAGACCAAGGCUGAGAGGUCUCUACCCCGAAACUUGGUCCUGAAACGCUGCCCUGACUCUGCAGAGGUGCUUGGGGUGACCAGUCGGGAGCUCAUUCAGAAGGGUACACGGUUCGGCCCUCUGGUGGGCCAGACCUACAGCAAUGACAUGGUGCCCAAAGAUGCCAACAGGAAGUACUUCUGGAGAGUGUUCUCAGAGGGUCGGUUACAUCACAUCCUGGAUGGCUUGGACGAGGAGAAGAGUAACUGGAUGCGCUACGUCAACCCGGCCCGUCGUCCAGAGGACCAGAACCUGGCGGCGUGCCAGACUGGCAUGGCCAUCUACUUCUACACGGUGAGAGCCGUGCCACCGGGCCAGGAGCUGCUGGUGUGGUACUGCCCGGAGUUCGCCCACCGUCUCAACUACCCGCCCCCCGGAGAGCUCUUCACGGAGAGAAUUGAGCAAAACAAUGUUCAUGGAAAGAGUUCAGGGAAGACGGGGCACAGCAUGUCUGAAAUCCUGAGGAUGGAGCACACCAAGCCCGACCCCACUUGCCCCCGACUCCCCGAAUCGGCACAGUCCUCAACCUGCAGCCCUGUCCUACCCCUGUGCCCCUCUGUGGUCUACUCCAGCUACCCACCCAUCCCGUACUGUGGCCCCCCAAUCCCCAAAAGGUCCCUCAGCAGCCGUGUCAGCCCCCACAUGCACUUCCCUGUCAAGCCCAGCCUGGGCAUCCCCAUCACAUCCCAACAUUACCCAGUGUCGUCAUUGCCAGGUCGCAUGUACCCCAGUUCACUGUGCAGUCCCUACCUCAUACCUCACUUCCCGCUUGGCAUUAACAGCCUACUACCUCACACAUACCCCUUGUACAGUGACAGAAUAGCUCCUCAUAUGCCAUUUCCACCUCACAUGCUGCCUUUUGAGGUGUACCCGCACGUUCUGCGCCCAUCUGCCAAUGUACACAAAGAGCUCCUGCUUGCACUGACCACUACCCCAAAAAACCUCUCACUGCCCAAUGGCAGCAGAGAUCUGCCCCUCGCACAGACCAAAAGCAAAAAAGACCUCAAUUGUAUGCCGACCAAUGGGUGCAAACACCUUGGGGACCAUGUGCCUUCACCAAAGAAUUACCUCAAAAACCUACCUUUGACACCAACGGACAACUUCAGUGACCCCAAUCAUUCAUCUGCCAGCAGCACCUUCGAUGACCAGCCUCUACCAGCCACCUCUUCAAUGGCAAACUGCCUCGCACCCAGGGGAGGCUCACCGCUGGCGGGCCUGACCGCCUCUUCUGACUACCUCCCCUCCAAGCGCACAUCCGCCCUCCUGAGCUCCAGCCACAGUGCAGAGGAAGGGGCAGUGGACCUGCGGAAGGCCAGGCAUGGUGGACGGGUCAUCGGGUACAAGGCCCUGUCCUACCCGCUCACACGGAAGAAUGGGAAGAUCCGGUACGAGUGCAACAUCUGCAGCAAGCUCUUCGGUCAGCUAUCCAACCUCAAGGUCCACCUGCGAGUCCACAGUGGAGAGCGGCCCUUCAGGUGUCAGACCUGCAGUAAGGACUUCACCCAGCUGGCCCACCUGCAGAAACACUUCCUGGUUCACACUGGGGAGAAGCCACACGAAUGCCAGGUGUGCCGCAAGCGUUUUAGCAGCACCAGCAACCUCAAGACCCACCUGCGUCUCCACUCAGGUGAAAAGCCAUAUCAGUGUAAGCUGUGCUUGGCCCGCUUCACCCAGUAUGCCCACCUCAAGCUCCACAAGCGCCUGCACACUGGCGAGCGCCCCUACCACUGCCCACACUGCCUAUGCGCCUACCUCAAUUACUGCAGCCUCCAGGUGCACCUCCAGGGUUUCUGCCCUUCAGGACCCGACCCCUCAGGCCCUGUUGCCUCUGUUGAGGAGCUGCACCGUGUCAAUGCCGCGAUCGAGCAGUUUGACCUGAGCAAGGCUGCGGAACGCCUGGAGGCAAUGGCAGCGGGAGCUGAGGAGGAGAAUGGGAACAGCAGCACUAGCGUCCUGCUGCAGGAGAUGGAGUUGGGGCGGAAGAGCUCCAACCAUUUUAACGGCGCCAAUGGGAAUAUGUCACUAGUCGAGCAUGGCUUACUAUGCAGCAGCGAGGGAAUCCUCUGUCCUUAGGUUGCAGUAUCACAGCCGCUGCACUGGCCUGGUUAUGCAUCCACAUACAAUGUAUAGUGUUUGCAAUGUACUGGAAAGGACCAUGUGAAAAUGAAAUAUCCACGCCAGCACAGUACAGCUUGGUUCGGUAAUGAUACUGUGGAAAGAGUACAAGGCACAGCGUACUAAUCCAUCAGGGUGACAGUGGCCUGAUAGUGACCUUUACUGUUUGAAGCAAGGCUUUGUCUCUAUUACAGGGAUUUUUACUCUCAGGGCAAUGUGAAGAGCAGUGGAGGCUGCUGAGGGGAGGACUGCUCAUACAAAUGACUGCAACAGAGCGAAUGGAAUAGCAAACACAUGGAAACCAUGUGUUUAACGUAUUUGAUACCGUUCCACAAAUUCCGCUCCAGCCAAUACCACAAGACCGUCCUCCCCAAUUAAGCUUACACCAUCCUCUUGUGGUGAAUAAUUGGGAUUUUACUAGGAGAACAUUAUUAUCAGAGAAUAUAAACAUUGUAUUGAUAUCCUCAGCCUUAUUAUUCAUUUAUUAUGCCGUUUCUUGUAACCUGAGGAAGCCACAAAGACAGAGACUUGUGAUCAAAUGUUUAUAACAGAGUUUUAUUUCCUACUA